UGAGUCUGAGAGUUAGAGCAGAUCAUGUUGAAGAUGAGCGGGUGGCAGCUGCAGAGUCAAAAUCAGAUCCGAAAUCUGAGGAGAAAGUGUUCCAGGAGGAAGUGUAUCUUCAUACAUCACCACACCUGAAAGCAGAUCCUGCUCCAGCUGCAGAGAUGGAAGCUGAGUCGAUGCCUUUCCCCUUUGGGACACUGCCCAGCUGGGAGCUGGAGGCCUGGUAUGAGGACCUGCAGGAGGUCCUGUCCUCAGAUGAAAAUGGGGGGACCUAUGUCUCACCUCCUGGAAACGAGGAGGAAGCAUCCAAAACCUUCACCACUCUUGACCCUGCCUCUCUGGCUUGGCUGACUGAAGAGCCGGGACCAACAGAGGUCACAAGCACCUCCCAGAGCCCUCAGUCUCCAGAGUCCAGCCAGAGCUCCCUGGCUCAGGAAGAGGAAGAUGAAGACCCCAAAAGACCCAGGAAACGGAAGCAGAGUGGCCAGUUCCCAGCUCGGGCUGGGAAGCACCGCACAAAGGAGAAAGAACAAGAGAACGAGAAGAAAGUGGCUCAGCUUGCUGAAGAGAAUGAACGGCUCAAGCAGGAAAUUGAGCGCCUGACCAGGGAAGUAGAGGCAACUCGCCGAGCUCUGAUUGACCGGAUGGUUAACCUACAACAAACAUGAACAUCUGGGACCAUCACUUCCCCACAGUGGCUACUGACCACUUCUCACUCGUGCCAACGUGACCCGAACACCUCGUACUCAAUCCAGGGAAGGGUUUGGGUAGACAAAAAGAAGGGGUCUCAGCUUUGUAAAUAGAGAUUGUACAUUUAUUUAUUACUCUCCAGAUCCAUUAAAGUGAACCAUGUUCUCUCA